AUGUAUGAACGCGAGUUGCGGCUGAUUUUGAAUUGCAUUCUUUUGCAACUGCUUUUCAAUGAACAUGAUCCUGAAUUCGUUCAAUCCUUAGACAAGGGCUGUGGUCGGAUGGGCGCAUCCCUUCCGUCCUUGCUCUUGGACGCAGCGAUGACAUGCUUGGUAACAGAGAAAGUGUUACCCAUCAAAAAGAUUGUCCUUCUGUUGCUGCGGGUGCUGCAGCGCAUGCUCUCUAUCCCAGACAAGGUAUUGUAUCCUGUCUCUGAAAGGCGGCAAGGCGAGACGUUAGCCUGCCAGCGCCCUCGAGUCAUGGACUUUCAAGCGUUCACCUCUCUGCACCUUCACCGAAGGCAAAUACGAUCCAAGUAUGGCGGCAGUGGUUACCCUGCGGCGGUUGAGGAAGGUUUGAAGCUGGCAGCCCAGUACGAGGAUGAAUUCUUGGCAGCGUAUGCGUUCCACCCUAGCGAGUUGGAUUUCAUGAAGGAUUCCCCUGCCCUGAGGGAUGCAUACCUCAGAUACGAGGAACUUCGUGCAAUGCCUGGUUCACGCGGCUGUGGGCGGCUACUACCGCGUGCAGCUCGAAAAGCAAGACAGAACUUGCCCCGUCCUGGUGAACUGCUACCGGCUGUGUGCCCUGAAUCACUGGAAAGUCAUCAUGCUGGAGGCCUUGACAUGCCGAGUGCAUCAUCGAGAGAGUCUAGCCUCUCUGACUCAGUGCGAUCUCAACUAUCCGUGGCCUCCGCUGUGACAGAGGUGCCCUUGGAGUUCGACGUGGCAAGAGGAGAUUUAAAGGCCACGCCGGUUGCUAGAGGCGGUGACAAGCUGGACUCAGAUGAGUCCUCUGCAGCAAUUUGGCACAGGCUCUAUGCUUCAAUGUUGCCUCGCUUAACGGAGUUGGUGGUGCUUCUCCUACGGCUUUUGCUCACCUCUUGUUCCAAUGUGGACACCUACUCGGGCAUUGUGGACUUUGCUCGCGAGCGAAAGGCAGCCGAGCAUGCCCAGGCUCACGAGUUCAACGAGGCAGAGGCUCAAAGACAUAGGGAGAUAUUGGCAGCAGCUGUGGCAGGGGUGAUCUUGAUCCUCCUUAAGUCUGCACGCCGCUUUUCUUCGGAAGACUUUGCCUUUCUCUCACAGCUGCUGGCAGAAUCCAACGGUGCUUUGGUGGUGCUAAAGUACUUGAACCAGAAUCCAGACGUGUGCUCGGGCCAGGACACCAGCGGAGAGCCACUUCCACCAGUGUUACCAUGCCUUCAAGCUGCAAGCGCUGCUGGUCGACGCUUGCCCCUGUCCUCAUGCUUUUGGCAGGCCUGCGGGACUCUGCGUUUGGUGGAGGUGCUGUAUUUAGUUUGCCGAGACUGCCCAGAGCGAGUUCGUAAAUACCUCAUCCACUAUCGGGCGCCCUUUAUCUUGAAGCGUCUCAAUCGAGUGGAGAGCCCUCAUGCUCAACGGUUGGUGCUAAAGCUGCUGAAAAAGCAGGUGAGAUAUUUGCCACGCAAAUGGAAGCAGGCCAACAUGAAAGCAAUCAGUGCAAUGUAUUUGCAGGUCACGAUGUCUCCGUUGGAAGACUGGCUGCUAAACGAAAACUUGGCAGAACAAAGCAUGGAAGGUCCUUCCGCCAAGGAGCUUGCGGCCAGCAUGGCCCGUGAGAUGAACCAGUCUGCAGACGGGUCUGCCCGGCAAAUCUUUGACGAUCCACCUCCUUCCUCAGAAGAAGGCUUAGGUUAUGUGCACGCAUUUCCUGAGUAUGAUCCGAGAAGGUGA